AUGGAUCCGAGUAGAGCUGGAGGGCUUGAGAACACUCAGGGAAGCGAGCAUGUUUGCGGGCGGCACAGUAAUGUGGUCCGGGCGGUCUGGGACCCGGUGCUGACCGCGGACCACCGGGCGCUCCAGAACCUGCGGAGCCUGGAGACAGUCAGCCCUGUUCACCGCUACUUUGGCAGCGUCCAGACUGACAUACAGCCAUAUAUGAGGAGAGUAGUGGCUCUGUGGAUGUUUCAGGUGUGUGAGGAGCAGAAAUGUGAAGAAGAGGUUUUUCCAUUGGCAGUGCAUUACAUGGACAGAUAUCUGAGUCUUUUUCCUCUCAAAAGUUCCUGCCUUCAGCUUUUGGGAGCUGUUUGCAUGUUUAUAGCAUCCAAAAUGAGAGAGACUGUCCCCCUAACAGCCACCAAGCUCUGCAUCUACACUGACAACUCUGUGUCUGUCUCAGAGAUCCUGCACUGGGAGGCAGCUGUGGUGUCACGUUUGGACUGGGCUUUAGCUGCAGUCGUGCCCUCUGAUUUCCUGGAGCCAGUUCUUCUCAGUCUUCCCUUUGUUCAGUGUCAUCAUCUUCCCAACUUGCGCCGGCAUGUUCACUCCUACAUCUCCCUGGCAGUUAUUGACUGCAUGUUUCUAGAUUUCCUGCCAUCCACAAUCACCUGUGCUUGUGUGACUCUUGCCAUGGAGAAGCUGUUGCUGCUGGACAGUGGCCUCUCCUCUGAACUUGUGAUCAAAUCUUUGAGUAUUUUGACUACCAACCUUGACUCAAUAACCCACUGCUUUGACCAGCUGAAGUGUAUUUUAAGCCACAGCCUGCCCACUUGUGUUGAGGUUACUGUUAAAGCAUCAGCACUCAUUCCCAAGAUCAACUGUACUCCUCCUGAAACAGAAAACCAAAAAUCUAGACCAGAAAAUUAA